AAAAGCAAAAAGAAAAUAGAAAAAAUGUAGCUUCUUGCGCGGUUGCUGCCCGCCCUCCCCUGAAUCCCAAGCAAUCUCGCUCACUCUCAGCUCGCUGUUCGAUUCCCAUCGACAUCAGUCUCCAUCCCUCGUCUCUGAAUGCAGAAUCGUCACUGGUCGACUCGAGAAUCGCUCUUCUCUAUUCCGACUUAUCGUUCUCCCUCGUCCCUCCCCUGUAAGUCUCUCACUCAUUCGACUGCUUCAAGAUAGCCAUUAGCAACAAAUAUCUACUUUAUACUAGCCCGAGCUACCGUAACUAGGAAGUUGAGGCUUCUUGGUGAACUUCUAGCAGAGGAAAGCGGUGCGACACCAUUUUCAUAUAAUAGAUUUAAACAGACUGUAUCUUUGUGAACGAAGAAUAUUGUUGAUCCUCAUCUUCCAAGAUGGAUGAUGCUGCCAUCAAAGAUUGCAUGCCUAAGGACCACAGGAGUAAAGAUCAUACUGUGGGUAUGAGAGCAACGCCUCUGCAUUUUGGUGAGCCAAUUGCUGCAAGGCUUGGUGUGGACUAUCCAUUCCCUCCUCAUCUGGAGUAUGCUUAUCCUCCUCCAGAUGGCAAUAUCCUGACCAACAUCGUUAAUGCCCUCAUAGCUGUCCCACGCUUUUAUACACAGGUGUUGCAUUUAAUGAAUAAGAUGAACAUUCCAGCUCCAUUCCGAUUGCCUCUACCCACUCCACCUCUUCCACCUUCCGUUCCUGCACCACCGUCAUCACUAACAUUGCCACCACUUCCUCCUCCUGCCACUCCAAGGCCUCAAAUAACAAAUAUGUCCAGUGAUGAGUCAGAAAUGGAGUCCUCAGAAGAGGAUGUGGAGGGAAAAUAUAAUUCAAGUGGAGUCUCAAAAACUGCAAGAUCAGGAAACAAGCGGUCUAGGUGUGAAGCAAUUGUAGGCCCGGGUAUAGACAAAGAUGUGGCUCAUGAGACUGUUGGGGUGAAACCUUCCACAUUAGUCCCCAAAGAGAUUCCGAUGAUAAAAAAGAAAAACCCAGUGUUUCAGUUUAAAAUUGCCCCUAAGGUGGUUCAUGACAGAAAGCAGGAAGGAAAGGAGGAUGAUAUUAAUAAUGAGGUCGAAGAGACAGAAAAGGAAGCAGCAGAUCUUAAAUCCUAUGCAACACUCGAAGAUUUAGAGAGAGGUAAAUUGCCUCCAGAAGAAAUUCUAUCACUUCCAAUGUUCAAGAACUAUACUGCUGGGAGUCCUACUUCGGUGCUGUAUAUUAAGAACUUAGCCAAAGAUGUAGUGAAUGAUGACCUCUACUAUAUAUUUGGAUCAUUAUUUGGAGGUAUUGAUGAAGCCAAAUCUGCUCUCACUGUGAAGCUAAUGCAGGAGGGAAGAAUGAGGGGCCAAGCAUUUGUUACACUUCCAUCAGUUGAACUUGCGCAACAUGCUUUGAAUCUAGUAAAUGGUUACGUAUUCAAAGGCAAGCCAAUGAUUAUCCAGUUUGGACGCAAUCCAGGAGCUGCCAAGGGGAGUUAAAGUCGGCUCCUAGUACCCCCUGAAACCGUAAAAUAUAAGCUUAUGCUGGCUCACGGGAAAUUUAUAGUUACUCCUAUUGAGAAUUAGGUAUUGUAUUAAGUGAUAUAUUUUUUAUUUUUAAAGUAGUAUAGAUGUGAUAAACAAUUUGAAGUAGCACAGAAAGUUUCAUACUACUGUUGUACUAAAAAUUUCCCAACAGGCAUGCUAGCCAGCAUGUAAACAGCUUAGUGGGCGCUUAAUGUAAUUAAUAGCUUGCACUGCCGCUCGUUUUUUCUCUCCAAGUAUGUAGGAGGAGGCCAUUUGAAUCAAAUGAGGCUGUAUCACCUGGCUUCCAAAAAUGGAGGGAGUUGACGUGGCGUGUGCUAAAUGGUCAUUUUUUACUGGUCGUUUGGUGCAAUUGUUGA